AUGAGUUUUCCAUCGAGGACGCCGCUUUCUGAGCGAUAUGCUUCCACUCCAUUACAAGGAAAAGGAAUGGCUGGUGCUGACACAUCAAGAUCUAGCAAGGCUCUAGCUGAAUUUGAUUCAGUCUUUGCAUCAAACUCGAAAAGAAUGCGUCCGAUGGCUACUCCAUACGCAGCCGCAUCAACUCAAAAAGUACCACUGUCGUUACGGGCAGCCAAACUCAAUCAGCCUGCCAGACCUGUCGUAUCAAGACCUCAUGACGAAAUCAACCUUGGAGAUGAGCACGACACGUUUGCAAUUUUGCUGGAAAGCGCUCCUGCAAAUUACGAGGAAUUGCAACUUGUGAAAUCAUUUCAAGAGUUUUGUGAUGCAAGGAUCAGAGCGUUACGUAAUGUAGAUGAAGUCGAUUCUGCUCGAAUAAGAGCUCAAAAUGAAGAAGUACAUAUCUGGGAGCUAGAACGACAUACCUGGGAUUUGAUUCAAAGACUACUGGAUUUUCGGUUGCAAGACGUCGAUCACGACAUGCAGGAAAAUGGGUCAAUUCAUGCAUACUCGGGAGAUUUCAAGCUAGCUCAGAGGGCGAUUGAAUUGGAUUCUCAGUUGCAAGAACACACUCUGGUGGUGAAAUGGCUCGAAGACAUUCUCCCUCCGUACCUGGGAAUUGAUGUGCGGCCAGGAGCUUGGUCUGCAACAGGAACGCAUGUCUCAUCCAGGACACCAUCCGAUACCAUCAUCACAGAGAUGGAUCCGGAUGCUCCUAAUCGACAAAAGAGGAAGCUGGUUGAGGAAGAUCAGACAUAUCAAGACGAAUUUAAUCGAGCCGUAUUUGAAUACAUCCGCCGUGGCCAGUACGAGACGGCAUAUGAUUUAUGUGUUAGUUGUGGUCAGCCAUGGAGGACUGCUAGUUUAUUAGGUGUUUCACGAUAUAGAGAUGGUGUUGUUGAUGAUCUUGAGCUGGAAACAGGUGAGGGAAACCAGAAUGUGGAUUUGUGGAAGGCAGUUUGCUACGCUAUAUCUUGUGAUGACUCGUUUGACAAGAAUGAACGUGCUACAUAUGCAGUCCUGGGAGGUGACAUUCAUAAUGCACUCCCUGUUUGUGAAACAUGGGAAGACGUGAUCUGGUUGCAUUAUACCAUCCUAGUUCAACGUGGAAUUGAAGAUGCUCUUCGACGACAACCUCAGCCAACUGAUGAUGUAGAUGCAAUUACUUUGAGAAUCCCUACGGAAGUCAAAGAUGCAGCUACCAUCUUUCUUGAUCUGUGUAAUGGGAGUCGACCCGAUUUACGGGAGGUUGCAAAUGAGCAAAUUAGAUUAUUGCAAUCCUUCUUCAUCAUGAAUCGAUUAGACGAGUACUUGAGAAAGCUGGUUGCCAUUGUGUCGGAUUCUGACAUUCGACGCUCACUGUCCAUGACCAAACAUUUGCCCAAUAUUUUGAGAAUUGCAGUUCACCUUGUUUUGAUUCUUCGAAACACAGACAGACCCACAGACGAAGCUACCUCUGAUGUUCUCAUUCGGAAGUAUAUUCAGAUGUUGAUUGCUGGUGGACGGCACAAACACAUUGCACUCUUCACCAGCAACUUGCCACGAGAAGAACAAACCACUCUCUACUCUCACUUCUUGGCUGAUAAUCUUGAAUCUCGAGAAACAAGGCAUCAAUACUUUCGACAAGCCUUCCAGCACGGCUUGGAUUACCACCAAAUCUGUCGACAAACAGUCCGAAUCAUACUUGAACGUGGUAUAUUAAAGGAAGCCGUUCCAACAGGCGCUACCAGCGUUGCCAUAUCAGAAUUAUCUGUACCCCUCUCAGAAGUGGAUGCUGUCAUGAUUCGAGCAUUGGAAUGGGUGGCCUUUGAAGAGCAACAACGACAAGAUCUUGUUACGUAUUGCAAUAUUUUGUUGAGACGCUUCCUAAUACACGGUAGAAUGAAUGCAGCUAAAUCAAGCAUGCGUUCAGUGCCGCUACACUUCAUCCCACGAGAAUGGAUUCCACGAACAGAACUCGGUGGUGGUGGUCGCGAUGCCAAUAAACCACGAACAGCAGUAGAAUCAAUAGCUGACGAGUAUGUCAAGUAUAUGAAUCUACUUGACGUGUAUGCCUUGUAUGCUGAAUGGGUGAUGGAAUUCAAUCGAUUGCCUGUUCGUGCUGAAUCUGCUGAUGUUGAUUUGGCCAAUUAUCUGAGAAGGGCUACUACAGAUCUGGAGACCAAGAUUGAAGCCUUGUUGGAUUCUGACUGGUUUGAUGAGGAGGAUAUGAAGGAUAAGAGUGAUGAUGUCAAGACGGAAUUCCGUAUCCUUCGAGACCUGUAUAUUCCUGAAGUGGUGUUUAUACUCCAUCGUAUCUUGUUUGAAACUCGAGACAUUCAGCCUGGCAAUCUGGACAAGAGUCUGCGUAUCGCAGAAACAGUAGCACGACGUGAUGGUCCAUGGAAGGAAAUGCAACGUGCCAACAAGCUAGAUAAAUUCAUGCAAAUGUUGCGUAACUCUGCCCUACAAGCACUUAAUGGUCAAACAGCAACACCUUGGUCAUCGCCACAAACUGUGUAA